AUGUCUGUCGAGACAACAGCUACCAUCGCCUCAUUCGGCGGCAAGCUGCUGAAGCUUAAGCACAAAGCCUCCACUACGAAUUGCGAUAUGGCAUUCAACCUCUACCUCCCUCCUCAAGCCCUGAAAUCCGGCGCAAAAGUUCCUGUCCUCUUCUACCUCUCUGGCCUUACGUGUACUGGUGACAAUUGCUCCGAGAAAGGGUUCUUCCAACACGGCGCAAGUCAGAAGGGCAUUGCUGUAGUGUAUCCAGACACUAGCCCAAGAGGACUGCAGAUUCAAGGCGAAGACGACGCCUACGACUUCGGUUCCGGUGCCGGUUUUUAUGUCGAUGCCACGAAAGAGCCGUGGACAAAAGGAUACAACAUGUACAGCUACAUCACCAAGGAACUGCCCGAAACGCUAUUCUCCUCGUUCAAGGAGCUCGAUUCGAGUAGAGUGAGCAUCACGGGCCAUAGCAUGGGUGGUCACGGAGCAUUGACGCUCUUCCUCAAGAACCCUGGGAAGUACAAAUCGGUGUCAGCCUUCGCACCAAUCGCGAACCCUAUCAAUUGCCCAUGGGGCCAGAAGGCGUUCAAGGGGUACUUUGGAGAGACUGAGCAGGCGCAGUGGAUAGAGCACGACGCAACGGAGCUGGUCAAGCAGUGGAAAGGGCCACUGGAAAUGCUCAUUGAUGUCGGCACCGGAGACAACUUUUACAAGCAGGGACAGCUGCUUCCAGAAAACUUCAUGAAGGCCGCUAAAGAGGCUGGGAACGACAAAGGCAUCAACCUCCGUAUGCAACUAGACUACGAUCAUAGUUACUACUUCAUGGCUUCAUUCGCAGACGAGCAUGUUGGCUACCAUGCGAAGCACUUGGGGGUAUAG